CAUAAAUUAGAUGACGUCACACACAUUAAGUUAUAAAUUUAAAACUCCAGGUGCUGUAAGUUAAAGCCUCUUGUAGCCAGGUAUAGUCCAGAGAAUACCAGGUUUUGCUUUACGUGAGCUAUGGAGACCCGUUAUUUUACAUUUCUCGGCCUGUUAUUUGCACUAAGCACAACAUACUCUUCAACCAACUUUGACGAGUCGUCACUAACGGUAAAUCUCAACGUAGAAAACACCCCUGUUCAAAAUGGCGGAAACUUCUCACUCAAACUACCAGCCGGAAGUGACGUCACUUCCGUGAACAUCAGAUGCAGGGCACAGAGCAACCAGCUGUCUGUCAAUGGUCCGAGAGCGAAAUCCGUUUCCGGACGUUCGGCCCUGUUUCCGGUCAAGCUGUACGGCACCGGAACUGCCAUGUGUACGUGUGCAGCAUCCCAUGCAGGCGGCUCUUACAGAAAGACAAGUACAGUAACUAUACGGCAUACAGCCCUUCCAUAUGCACCGACUACAUCACCAUUUCUCGAGGUCAACAACAGCACCUUGCCCGACGGGUCAACUUUAACGGUGGUUCUCAACUCAACCGCCACUAAGGUCUCCGUCAGGUGCGGGGUGUCCGGCGGGUACCCCCGGGUCCACCAGACCACCCUCAAGUGUGGGAACAAAACCGUUGGGGUCCCCAAGCCCGUGGUGACCUUCACCAUCACGUACACCAAACAGAUGGACGGCCAGCUGUGUGUGUGCUCGGCGGAUCACGUGACUGGACGGUACAACAAGACGGCCAGGUUCACGUUUGACAUACAAUACCCAGCUCGAGUCAAACACCUGACAGCCAACAACAAGACAGGUGUCCUCAAGGUGAGACCAGACACACCUGUCGUCAUCGAGUGUCAAGCAGACGGCAAUCCUGUUCCAGAGCUCACCCUGCGAGGCCUUAAGACAGGAACGGCUGCAUUCGGUAAAACAACCAACAGCAAAUCCAACACGCUGUCUCGGUCUUUCAUUGCCACAACGUCACUUGAUGACGUAUAUGUCUGCACUGCUAAGAAUAGUUUGAACGCACACGUCAUAUCCGAUCGGUUAGUCCAAGUAUCUGUAGGAGAGCAUGCUCCGUCCCUCAUCGCGAGAUUUACCGUCAACGGCGAGACGAAGGUUGAAGUUGAGGCUGGUGCUAGACUUGACUUCCGGUGUGAAACCGCUGGGUAUUUGGUGCAAUGGACCAUCAAGAGCGUCACUUCCGGUUAG